CCGGCCUAUCCGGGUGCAAUGGCAGCGCAUUUUCCGCCAGAUAGACACGAGGAGACGAAGGGUUGGUCUCUUUUUCUGUCUCCGGAUCCACUGCAAUCACACGAUUCAGAACAACCGUGCUUGCAAGGUCCCACACCUAGAAGGAAAAACCAAUGCCAGCGGUCAGCUGCUGAAUCGCACAGUGACGAGCCUAGCGGCUGAGUUUACUUCAUCUCGCAGUUUCCGGAAUAGCGUUGUCCAAAAUAUCGGAUGUACUCCGGAAUUUCGCAGCUGUGGUGCGUGAGCUGCUAUCAUAUCCGCAAAUUCAGUCUCCUGCUCGGCCAUCCCGACAACAAGUGCGUGCAGUUAAGUGAUCUUCGCUUCCCACAGGAACAUACGAAAAAGACACGCCUAAAUAACUGCUGAUAUGCAGAAUUUUGAAAAAUAAUAAGGCGAAAAGCAAAAAAAUUAUUUGUACAUAGUGGAUCCGGCCGCGGCUUGCAAAGCUUCAAAAGUGUAAAAUACUUGAGUCGGUUAUCAUUGAGCAGCAGGCCAAAUCGCUUUUCGCUUCAGCUGUUCGGCUUCGGACACUGACUUGAGAACGAUGAACUCAACGAAUAUGCGUUUAGUGGUUACAACUUUACGGCGGGCAAGUCCGUUGUGACUUUUAUUGCACUUUUAGUUUUUCCGAAAGUGAGGCAGAAUUCUGAAGAAAUUAUCUUUUCCAGCAGUCUAGCACUCUAGCAUUUUGAUUUACGCUGGUAUCACAAUAUCAUUCCUAGUUUUUAACGAAAGUGAUAAGUAGUCUGAAGUGUUUGGAAGCACGGCAGGCUCCCAGUCCCGCGUAUGGUGUUUUAAAAGGUUUAGUUCCUGGGUUUUUUUUUGUUUUCUGCCUCAUACGAUGGAUGGCCGACUCACUGGAUGUUCCUAUUUGUAUGAAGAUUGAUUUCUUUCUCGCUUGUUGAAAGAGUGUGUUCCCUGCUAAAAUGCACAUUAAGGAAAUAACUCUGCAUGGCUUCAAAUCGUAUGGAGCGAAGACAAAGAUCGCUGGUUUUGAUCCUCAUUUCAAUGCAAUCACGGGUCUAAACGGUUGUGGAAAAUCAAACAUAUUAGAUGCCAUAUGCUUCCUUCUCGGCCAAAAUGCCCCUACUCAGUUUCGUGUGGGGAAUUUGCAAGAACUGGUGUACAAAAAGGGAGCUGGCGGGAUUUCCUUUGCAUCCGUUGCCAUCGUCUUCGACAAUUCAGAUCAGCGCCAGACUCCGCUCACCUAUUCCAAAUUCAAGGAAAUCACAGUGGAACGAAAAAUCCAGCUUGGAGCGCAGGGAAAGAGCAAAUACACCAUUAACGGAGCCAAUGCCACCUUGACGCAAGUGCAGGAUAUGUUCCGCUCGGUGCAGUUGAAUAUUCAGAAUCCGCAUUUCUUGAUCAUGCAAGGACGCAUCGUCAAAGUGCUCAGCAUGAAGCCCGAGGAGAUUUGGAAAAUGGUGGAGGAGGCCGCUGGCACGAUGGUUUACAUGACCAAACGGGACAACACUCUGAAGAUGGUCAACGGUAAGCAGAAAAGAAUUGCAGAAGUGGACGAUGUCAUCCAGAAUACGAUCAAUCCUAAAAUGAAGCGGCUGGAUGUCACUCGGCAAAACAAUCUGGAAUACAACCGCAUAAAUCGAGAAAUUGAUAAGAAGGAGCUUCGCAAGGCUGCCGCUGACACCUGGAAAUUGAAAGAACAAGCUACCAGAGCCCGAAAUAAGAGAAAUGAAUGUAAAGCAUCGGAAAAGGAACUGGACGAGAAGAUUAAAACUGAUGAAGGAAAAUUGGUGGCUAUGUCAGAAGAAAUUCAGCAGAUGGAGAGCGAUCAAAAUCAUAACGAGGACCUGAAUCGAUUAGAAGAACGCUCCAAUCAGGCUCGCAGAAAAGUUGUGGAGCUUCAGUCUGCUAUUGAAUCCAACCAGAAUUUGAUUACUGAGGAACUUAAUGCCAUUGCCGAAAAUAAACGCGAGAUUAGCAAUAAGCAGGCGGGAUUAGCGGCGGCUGAGGCAGAUCUUAACACAGCUAAAGAGAGUUACGCAAAGGAUAUCGCGCGGAAAGCGGAAUUGGAAAGGGAAGUUCAACGGGCCCAGCAAGCCCUAGCCGUUAUUGUUACAGGAGUUGGUGGGGAAGAGAAUGCAGAGUUUGGAUGGAAAAAUCAGUGUCAGGCGGCAGAGCGAGAACUGAAUGAGCUAGAGCGGAAUAUGAACAUUAAGAAAGGCACAUUGGAGAAUUUGAAGAGGCAGCUGGUCGGAACCAAUCAAAAUCGGCAACGACUACAGCGGGAACAUGCAGCGCUCAUGGAUCAGCUGAAAGGUCUGGAUGAACAAGUGAAGCUCCUAGAAGCCCAGCUGGAAGCUUCGCCCCAAGUUGAUCGCGAGCAGAUGGCGGCGUUGCGCGAGAAUCAACGGCGUUUACUGGGGGAAAAGGCUACUGUGGAACAGCAGAUGGGUAACUUGGACGGAGAGAUGCGAAGCUUUCAUCUGCAGUAUCAGCGACCUCGAAAUUUUGAUGAGAGAAAGUAUUAUGGAGCUGUGGCUACGUUGUUCAAGGUGUCCGACAAGACCAGAUUUUUAGCAGCCAUUGAUGCAGCCACAGGUGGAAGGAAGUUUAAUUUUGCGGUUGAAGAUGAUAUUACUGCUAAGUCUUUGCUGACUGAAGGACAGAUCCGUCGUCGGGUGACCAUUCUGCCGCUAAACAGAAUGCGCGGUCCGUCCAUUAGUGAUGCCGAAAUGGAACGUAUUCGGAAAAAAGUGGGUGCUCAUAAAGUCUGGACUGCUCUACAGUUGGUGGAAUACGACCAAAAAUUCCAGAGCGUCAUGCAAUAUGCUAUGGGUUCGUACGUUGUGUGCAGCGAUCUCGACACUGCCAAUAAGGUCGCUUUUGAUCCAUCCUUGGGUAAACAUUGUGUGACAUUGGAUGGUGAUACGGUGAAUCCAGACGGGAUUAUGUCCGGUGGAACGCGGACGGCGUUGGACAGACUGCCACUUAACCACAUCGCCAAAUAUACGGAACUGAGAGAAAGGCUUGACGAAAUUCAGAGACAGUUGAGGGAGAUUGAUCAGCAGACUAAGGAAUUGGAUCAGCAGGACGGAAAACGAAGAGAGCUGGAAACGAAGCUCCAUGAGAAGCGCAACGAAUGGAACGCUUUGAAUCACAAAUGUGAUCAGAACAGUGAAUUACGUAAUUUGCGUGAAGCCGACCGCAUGCGGGAAGAUGCAGAGAAACUGCAGACCGAAUUGGAUCAAGGCGACAGGCGCAGUGAAGAGUUACGUGCUAAAGUGAAUGAUCUGAGAGCGAAAUUAAACGACAAGAAUGCUGGCGAAAAAGAAAAACGGGACGCUGAGAAACACGAAGCCAGAUGUCGAGAAAACGUUCGCAAACACGAGGCCGAAAUGGCGAAAACCACGGAAAAGGAGGCAGAAAAGCAGGCAUCUGUUGAUGAUAUCAGAAAAUCCAUUCUGGAUUUGGAAGCUGAAAUUGUGAAUCGGCAAGCGGCAAUCAAAACUUAUGAAGGCGUAAUUGACGGAAAACAGACCACUCUCGUCAAUGCCAAUGAAAUUUAUAGUCGCGAUCAAGCUGCUUAUACGCAGAUGCGCAAUGAAAUGCUCAGAAAGACAGGCGCGAAUUGGAAAAAGCCAUCAGCGCGAGAAAAAGCCAAUCUGGAAAAGACGAAGAAGCUUAGUGCUUCUUGUAAAGAAGACUUGAAGAAAAUCGAAACUUUGUUGAACGAGGAAAUGUUCAAGCAGUUCCCCUGGUUGGCUGACGAGUAUGAUAAACUCGGUACCGCAGAAUCAGCUUAUGCUGGAAUUGAAAAUGAGGAUCCCGCUGAAUUGGCUGCGGAAAUCGAGGGCAUUAAGAAAAGGAAAACGGAACUUCAGCGACAAGGAGGAACGGAGCAGCAUCUAGAUUACGAUCAGAUUGAGCGCCAGUAUGAGGAGUUGUUGAAGAAGAACGAUUUGUGCAAGGCAGAUAAAAAACGUCUGGAGGAAAUCAUUGAGCAGUUAGAUCUGAAAAAACAGCAUCUUAUUGAAUUGGCUGUACAUGAAGUGAACAAGCACUUCGGAGCGAUCUUUAAGACUCUUUUACCGAAUGCGGACUGCAAACUUGAACGAGAGGUGGAUGAAGACAACAACCUUAUUGAAUCGUUACGAAUUCGUGUGGCUUUGGGUAAUAUGUGGAAGGAAUCCUUAUCGGAACUGAGUGGUGGACAGAGAUCACUGGUAGCUUUGUCGUUGAUUUUGGCGAUGCUCAAAAUGAAUCCCGCUCCAAUCUAUAUUCUGGAUGAGAUCGAUGCCGCUCUGGAUUUGAGCCACACUCAUAAUGUUGGUCGGAUGAUCCGGAAGUAUUUCAAACAAUCUCAGUUUAUCAUCGUCUCCCUCAAGGAGGGUAUGUUCAAUAAUGCCAACGUUCUCUAUCGCGUUACAUUCGGGGAUGGUGUAUCACAAGUGGAACGUCGUGCCAAACCUGGGGCCAAACAGUAUGGCUGAGAACGAUGAUUCGGAGGAGGAGUGAUUUCCCUCUCUUGUUUCUUGAAAGUUUACAUGUACAUGUAGUCUCACUUGUUUUGUUGUUUUCUUAUUAUUUAUGCUCCUUUUGCCGUUCCUUUCCUCUGCUAUUUGUUUUUAUUGCUGGUUUUUAAAUAAUAUGCGUUGGAAAAGUCGUGUGCCGACGUAGCAAAGGGCGGAAAUAAUAAAUGCCGCAGUAUGGUGUAACCUGUAGACCGUAGUUGACUUUGGACACUUG